AUGAGGGGUGUAUUGGGAAAAUAUCAAAUUUCGCAUUGUCGCCAUCCUGAAGUUCUGUGGGCGCAGCGUUCUGACAAGCUUUACCUGACUGUUUCUCUUACUGAUGCCAAGGAUGUUUCUGUGAAGUGUGAGCCUCAUGGUUUGUUUACUUUCACUGCCUCUAAGCUUCAACAUGAAUCCUACAGCUUUACCUUGGAACUUUAUGGAUCGAUUGAACCUGAGGGCUGUAAAAUAAAAUCGAGCUCAAGAAACAUACUAUGCUCAAUUCAGAAAGGACAAAGAGGUUGGUGGAAAAGACUACUGAAAUCUGAAGAGAAACCCGCUCCAUACCUUAAGGUUGAUUGGAAUAAAUGGUGUGACGAAGAUGAAGAAUCAGAUUCUGAAUUGAUAUCCGACGACGAUGGACGGUUUGCUGGCGAAGAUGAUGAAAGCAGUGAUGAUGAAGGAAUGUUAUAUCUUCCUGACUUGGAAAAGGCUAGAGGAAAGUGA